CGCUCACCAACGUCGCCAAGAAGGCGAUCCCAUCGGACGGCAAGAUGACGUGGCAGAACCCCGACACGGGCGAAGGCUUCAUCCCGAGCCACACGGGCCCCUGCGAGGUGUGGCUCGACAACAAGCGCGUGUUUCAGAACGACGACUGCGCGACCAACUUUGGCGACAAGCCGGCCGCGCACCUCCCCGUCGACUACUCGAGCUGCGCGGGCGACGGCUGCAUGCUGCGCUUUUACUGGAUUGCGCUACACCAGCCUGAGUGGCAAGUCUACAAAAACUGCGUUCCGCUGCAAGGCAACGGCCAGAACCCGGGGCCCGCGCCGCAGCCCAACAGCGGCGGCCAGUGCGCCAACGCCAAGAGCGACCUCGACUACUACGGCAACGACAUCAAGAACCUUGGGGUGUGGGGCAGUGCGCAAGACCAGCUCAGCCAGUGUUGCGCGGCGUGCAGCUCGACCAACGGCUGCGCCGGCUUCUCCAUCAACAGCGGUGUGUGCUGGCUCAAGCACACGCUCGGCAGCCCGACGCCCCGCGCUGGCGUCGUCUCGGCCUCUGCGCCCGGCGCCUCUGCGGGCUCGUCCAGCCAGUGCGGGAGCAGCGUCAGCACCGACGUCGACUACUACGGCAACGACAUCCGCAGCUUUGGCGUCAACGGCGACACGGCAGCGCAGGUCGCGCAGUGCUGCAACGGGUGCUCGACCACGACCGGUUGCGUCGGCUUUUCGAUCAACGCCAACACGUGCUGGCUCAAGAGCUCGGUGGCGAACCCGAGUCCUGCGAAUGGUGUCGUUUCGGUUCGCAUGGCGCAGCACCGCCUUCGUCGCGCUCUCUAGAAAAUGUCGCUUUCGUGUAUUCUCUUGUUGCGUUGUAUAAAUGAAAUGAAAUUCCUGAUUGACGUUGG